AUGAACAGAAGUAGAACUAUGAAUACACUAUACAAAGUGGUUCUAGCAGUAGUGGGUGUACUAGGUUUCUUAUGCAUCAUUCUGAACCCGAACAACGAAAAGUUCGACAACAUAUACGAGUCUCGAGAGACAAAAACAUUUUUCUCAGUGUACCACCAGUCCUUAUGCGAAGGAAAAACAAAGAUACGGGAAGUCUCUGAAGUCCCUAGAAAGUGCCCGCAAGGGGGCAUAGUCACAGUGAAUCAAGGAGGCCGACUGGGGAACCAAAUUUGGGAGUACGCCUCAGUCUGGGCAGUCUCCAAGCUGACCGGACUAGAACCCUAUGUACCAGGCUGCAUAAGAAACACCAUAGACGAGCUGUUUGAGAAUUUAUCCAUACCAGCUCUGGAAGACAUAUCCCAUUGUGAAAUAAGGUUCGUCGAAGUAGUGAAAGGUUUGGAAGCUUGGAGUUCCCCCAACCAGAGUAUAAUCUUGCCGAUUUACUCCAGACUGUUUGACAUUGCCGUGCCGUUUAUCGAAGAAAUCAAAAUGGAUUUCCAGAUAAGGAAGACAGUGCUAGAGAGAUGUCAACAGAUAUUGCGUGAAGCUGCGAAGCUAUCCUCUUAUCCUGCUCAGACUUUUGUAGGGGUACACGUUCGAAGAACAGACUAUAUGACGUACUUGAAUUGGAAGUACCAAAACGUCACCAUAGCAGACCAAAGCUACUUUCUGCGAGCGAUGGAGAUAUUCGAGGGGAAGUUCGAGAAUGUGAUUUUCGUGGUACUGAGUGACGAUUUGUCUUGGUGUCGCAAUGCUUUUUCUGGUAAAGGGAAUGUUUAUAUCAACAAAAUGGGGCUCGGUAAUUCCGCAGUGGUGGAUUUGGCGCUGAUGGCGUCUUGCAAUCACACGAUUUACGAUUACGGGACGUAUGGGGAUUGGGGGGCAUUGUUGGCGGGGGGAGAUAAUAUCUAUUUCAAUCUCAGUGUGAAUCCUUCGGCGCAAAUGGGGAAAAUGCUGCCCAACUGGAGCACCAUCUGA